AUGGAAACAAGGAAACGUGAGAACGUGGAAACAGGGGACAAAAGAAAAUCGAGAGUCAAGAAGGAACAGACCAAGCAAGCUAUGUCGUCUCUGCUUCUCAGCCUCUCUUCCAAGCCCUCUCUCCUCCGCAAACUUUCUCUGAGAUGCCACAGUACCAUUCGGAUGUUUUCCUCUACCACAUCCACCAACCCUUACUUGAUGUACCGAGUCACCUCCAGUGGUAAAGAAUCCGCAGGUGCAAUGACGGAGCUCCGAAUGUUUGAUCCGGCCAAGGAAGAUUAUUUCACCGUCGGUGAUAAGCCACUUCCCAAAGAGUUGGUUUCGUCUGCGCUAGUGGGAAGUUCUCAUGGGUGGGGAGUUUUCACCUACGACGGACGUUCCAUACUAGUCAGCGACUUCUGCAACCCCUCGAGCUCCAAAUCAAACCCUAAGAUAAUCCCUCUGUACCCUCGGCCUAAUAUAAUCGGCUGUCAAACUGAAGUGGUAAGUGGCGUGGCAAUGACGUCUUCUCCUCAAGAGCAAGACUGCGUUAUCUGCGUCAAGUUCGCGGGACGUCCGGUGAGUAUAUACACCCCCGGUCGAGACACAGACAAGGGACACCUCCUCCUUGUCUCUCAACAAGUAUUCGACCAUUUUGAAGAAUCCAAGCUCAUGUAUUCCAAGAGAGAUCAAAAGUUCUACAUGGUUAGCACUGGUGGCCACCACUUGUGGUCUUGGGGUGGUAUCCGAUCAACCAUUCCUCAGUUUAUUGAGCUGCGGUUUCACAACCUUCCUCAGUUCUCGCAUUCCGAGUUGCAGCUUCUUGAUUCUUGUUACAGAACACAUGACCUUGUCGAGUCUUCCUCAGGACAACGUUUCCUAGUCAAAUGGUAUGUUCGAAGCCCUGAUCUCCAGACCUUAUGGUUCGAUUGUAGCGGCACAAAGCGGUUCAUGGUGUUUAGAGAGGAGGAAGAUAUGGUGAACAUGUGUUACACAGAGGACAUUGGUGAUCUCUGCAUAUUCAUCGGAGAUAACGAGCCUUUUUGUGUCGAGGCCAGCUCAUUCCCGGGACUAAUACCGAAUUCAAUCUAUUUCGCCGGUGAUGGUUAUGGUGAAGGCUAUGGCGUCUACGACAUCGCCUCAAGAACCCCACGUUCCUUCGAACCCAAGUCUCUCCCAGGUUUCCCUCAUUUACCUAAUCCUCGACCUUGCUGGGUUCCUCACUGGCUUCCUCCAGUUCCUCUCCAGUAG